ACUGGUAGGGGGCCCCAAGCAGCCGCCUACCUAUGGCUUUAUGUUGAGACCGCUUAAGGUUCUAGGUAACUGACGUAAUCCUCUAUAGACUGUGGGAGCUCCUGGAGUAUGUGGAGGAAUUCACUGCUGAUUCAGGGACAUCACCACACCGGUUGGAGGUGUUUUAAGUAUUAACGUCUAAUUAAAAAGUCUACGUCAUAGGAGCAGCCGGCCGGCUCCCCUUCUGCAGUCGUGCACGCCUACUGCAGAAGUUGCAGCAUUGUCUGUACUGCAGUGGAAGCGGCUCCUGAACACACCACACCCUGCUGCUGCUGCUGCUGCUGCUGCUGCCACACGCACAUCCCCGCGGCUGGAGGCUGGACGUUGGCCGAGCAGAUCCGAAGAGACACAGCUGAGUAGCAGGAUGGCUCUUAAUGACAAAGAUCCAAUGCCUGCAGCAGGGACCCUCUCCCCGGGCCAACUGCUGUCCCACCUCAAGAUGGAGCCAAAGACUCUCGGGGCAAUCCAGAUCGUUAUUGGGGCUUUGAUUCUCUGUCUGAGUGCCUCUGUGCUCCAGAUCCAUGAGGUCCACUUUACAGGAGAUGUGGCCCUCUUCCUGAUUGUUGUCAUACAGGUGACCUUGUCUGGUUCAGUGUUGGUGCACAGUGGGAGGAAACCUACUCUGUUUUGGGUGAAAUGUGUCCUGGUUCUGCACCUCAUCAGUGCUGCAUUUGCCACUGCUGCUUUGGGUCUGAUGUCCAAACACCUGCCCUACCGCCAGGACUCCUACCACUGUGAACACUGCCGCAGACUGGAGCUGCAUGCCGUGCUGUUGAUUGAUGGGAUCCUCGGGACACUGGUGAUCUUCCUGGUGCUGGAGCUGUUGAUUUGCAUCACUGCCAUGCUGUUUGGACUCACUGUCCUAGCUGCUGGUGGAACCCAGCCUUCCAGCCAGAGACCCGUCUAUCCACAGACGCGCCCGCCGCCGGGUCCAGCGCAGGCUGCUGCAGCCACAGCCGCGCUUCCCCAGGUGGCUGUUGUUGUGACUGAACCAGAUUCAGAGCAGGUGGAGGACCUCUCCACCCCACCCACUGAACCCCAGGUGGAGCCGAUGAAAGCUGUGACAACAGAGCCGUGACCUGUGCACACACUGUGGGGUGUUAUGUCAUGUCAGGGUGUAAAUAUGGAUCACACCUGAGAAAAACUAUUCUUGUGAGACUCAUGGAGGUCAUUAAAAUGUGCACCGUUAUAACGUGACAACCAAUCUGCUCGUGGUAGUAGUCAGAGUUAAGAAUAUAAUAAGAAUUGUGGAAGAAAUAAAUGUAAGUGUCAAAGAUAGGCAUCCUGUCCUCCUGGCGUGACAUGAACACAGAAUAAGUAUUAUAACUUAUGCUCCUACAGUAUGUUGUGUCACAGUUAUGUUGAUGUAAUCUUCCAAUGCUAAAUCACUAAAAUAGGUAUAGAGAAAUAUAAGUAUAGAAAAAAUAACACAGACAGACAGCCAGACUCUCCGCUUGAAAAGCAGAGGAAGGCAAGAAUAUGUAGUAGGAUAUAUUCACCUAUCUAACAGUCUAUGCACCUUUUGUGUUCAUUUGAGUGAAGGCAGAUUUACUUUUUAACUUUGAACUAUUUUGCCUUUCUUGCUUCAAACAUAUUUGAAUGUUGAAAUAAGAUGAUGUUGUUGUUGUUAUGUGGUUAUAAAACUAACCUUGUAUUGUGUUCAUGCUAUUUAAUGCUUAAUGCCAUCCCAUAAUUAAUGGAUGAAAGAGUAUUACAGCAGCCAAUCUACUGUAUAAUGUACAUUUAUUGUUGAUUCUAAUAUUUUAAAGCUGUUAUUCUGAUUCAAACUUGUUCAUUCAAUAAUGACUAUUAUGUUGAUUAUGUUGAAGUGGGGCACUCAAAAAAGAGGCAGUAAAGGAUGAAAUAUUAGGAAUUUUAGUUUUAGUUGAGUUGAGCUCUAAAAACACUAUCCAGCUUUUCCCAUAAUGCUAAUAAACCUUCCCAGCCUUGUAAUUAAUCACUUUUUCAAACUUCAAUCACCCUCUUUGUGGAAUAAUGCACACUUUGUGGAAACAAUAAAGAAACACCUCUUUAUCUGUC